AUGACUGCUUGUAUCCACAGUUCAAGAACACAAGUUAUCGAAUUCGAAUGUAAUCAAAACUAUGCCAAAUUCUGCAGAUCCGAUUACCCUGAUCAGUUUUCCUGCAAACCCAUCUCCAAGAUCAAUGUAUACACACAUCAAGAUUACGAUGAUCUAUGGCCCAAAAUGAAAGACGAAGCUAGAUCCGAUAUCGAUCAAGAACCCAUCUUGUCAAACUACUAUCUCACCUCAAUCUUAUCUCAUUCUUCAAUGGAAAGCGCUUUAGUCAACCACAUCUCAAUGAAAUUGAGUAAUUCCAGUUUACCUAGUGCAACCCUAUACGAUCUUUUCAUGGGUGUCCUCACAGAAGAUCGAGAACUCGUUAACGCUGUUAAAGACGAUUUAAGAGCUGUAAAGGAAAGGGACCCAGCUUGUAUAAGCUACGUACACUGUUUCUUGAACUUUAAAGGCUUUCUCGCUUGUCAAGCUCAUAGAAUAGCACAUCAUCUAUGGCUACAAAAUAGAAAGAUUUUAGCGCUUUUGAUUCAAGGUAGAGUUUCUGAAGUGUUGGCAGUUGAUAUACAUCCUGCAGCAAAGAUCGGAAGGGGAAUAAUGCUUGAUCAUGCCACCGGAGUUGUUAUCGGAGAAACUGCAGUCGUCGGAAACAAUGUUUCCAUUUUGCAUAAUGUGACAUUGGGUGGAACUGGAAAAAGUAAUGGCGAUCGGCAUCCUAAGAUUGGUGAUGGGGUUUUGAUUGGUGCUGGGAGUUGUGUUUUGGGUAAUAUUAGGAUCGGAGAUUGGGCUAAAAUUGGGGCGGGAUCGGUGGUGUUGAAAGAUGUGCCGGCUAGAACAACCGCCGUUGGAAACCCAGCAAAGUUGAUCGGAGGAAAGAUGAAUCCGGUGAAGCUUGAUAAGGUUCCUAGUUUUACUAUGGAUCAUAAGUGGUGUGAUUAUGUUAUUUAG